AUGAUUGCUCUUCUCCUUUUAAUCUCCGGAGCUUCCGCUGUCAUCGUCGGUGAUCUAAAUUGCACUACCUACAUUGGACAAACACCCGUAACGUUUGGCUACAGUCAAUCCGCCACAGUCUGCUCCAACACCAUCGCCGAUGCCGCCUGUGAUAUAAUUUACCCUCCAGUAGCCGCUGGAAAGUAUCCGGCUCCUGGAAAUGACGUUGAGCGUCCGUUUAACUGUUACACCAUCACUAAAACGUCAGGAGGAGCGUUCAGUGCCGAUAUGAAGACUGCAGCACUCAAUAGUUGUCCAAAGUCAUGUGGAUAUUGUUGUCAGACAAAUUCGUACAAUUGCAAAAAUGUGCAAUUCCCUCGUCUCAAUUGCGCAACGAUCACCCCUUCCCAAUGCAGUUCUGUCGCCUGGAGAACUAUCAUCGCUGAAGACUGCCCAUCCGCCUGCGGAUUUUGUGGCCAAGGAGGAUGCGUCGACGCUGUUCCUGACUGCGCCAACGAUCUCUCCAUUUGCAACACUGUCGGACUACAAGACUUUGUAAACACCUACUGCCAGAAGUCGUGCCAAAGAUGCCAAACCUCUACCACUACUACUAGAUCGACUACUGCAUUGUGCACAACUUAUAAUCCAAACUCGUCUGCUGCGUGUUCAGCAUGGGCUUUGAAUGGAUUCUGCAGUAACCCUUUCUACACAGUCGCUCAACGUAAAAAGUAUUGUGCUACGACUUGCAAACUUUGUUAG